AUGAACAAAAUCAUACUCAUAUUGUGCUUCAUCGUCGGUACGACACAGUCGUUCAACGUUGCAGGCAUCGGAUCAAUGGACAGCACAAUUGCUAUGUUAUGCAAUGCAAUUACAACAAAACCAGAAUCAGCUAAUAUGUUUAUUGAUCGGCUAGAAAAGUUCCUUAAGGAACAUCAACAACAAAUACAAGAACGUUUCACGAACACAUAUGCAUACAUUAGUCAAAAGGAAAACCAGAAUAAAUUAAAAGUUGGCGGCGAAAGCUGCAAAACUUUCUUUGAUAAUUUGGAAAGUCCACUGUUGACUGAUUUACAAAAUAAUCAAGGAUUACUUCAAUUUAUGCAGCAGAUGAUGGAGCAUCAUCUCAAGGAUCUUAUCAGCAUGAUUCAAUCAUAG